AAUUGAUCAGUGUAGAGAGUAUAAUGCAGCUCAUUUGGAUGAGUUAGUUUAGAUAGAGUUUCCUGAGCUAGAUAGUUUGAGAACGAACGGAGCUUGGCAACACGGGCGCGUCAUGUGAGGUUUGAACCUAGUAUCACUGCAUAAGAUAUUGCCAACAAUUAUUAACACGACAGCCUGUACCGGCCCAUAUGGCAAAUUAUCGCAUUUCUCUUUUGUUUCUUUCUUACCCCAGUUGAAAAGUAGUAUGUCUGAAGAAGAAAAGUGGUGGCAUCCAAACAAAUUACCACCAAGUGGUUACCAAUCCAAUAUUUCUCAAGAUCAUGAUAGAAAAUCAUUUUAUCCAUUCAAUAGUGAAAUGGGUUAUAGAAUUUUCAAAAGAAUAAUAGAAAUGAAGCGAACAGGUAUGGAACAGCAAAACAAUGAAGAAAAUGCAUAUCGUCCAAAAUAUGUUAAUCAAAUGAAUAAAGAUGGGCGUUUUCUUUUGAAGCAAGGUGUUUGUUCGCAGAAACCUAACUCAAUUUCGUCGAAUUCUGCAUUCAAUCAAUUUAGAUCCAUAGAAAUUAUGCCAGAAUUUCAUUUAAAUCUAAAAUGUGAUAUCGAUGAUCUAGAGGAAUCGUAGUUUGUAUGGUAUUUGUUUUGUGAAAGCAAAUCCAUGUCACAUUAUGUUGAAUAUAUUGUGUUUGGUUAAAUAAAUAUUCAUUAGAAAGUA